AGCAGGGGCUACCCCCAGAACUAUACGCACGAAAACGUGAGAAUUUGUUGUAGAUCGACCGUUUUAAGACCCCUCUUGCGUGAUUUGACGCGUGUCUUGUGUGCUCUAUCCUACAGCCGACAGGCUCAGCAGCCACCCCAAGAUCGGACUGAUCGCGCCUACGAUUGCAAUCGAUUGCGUGCAAUUGGGCGUCUCGCCUGAACCACAAUGCCAAACAAGCCUAUUUUUGUCGCUACCCAUCCCCGGGCAUGCUCGACUGCGUUUGAAAGGGUCUUCAUGACUCGCAGGGAAUCCCUGCAGUGCAUCCACGAGCCCUUCGGAGAUGCUUUUUACUACGGCCCUGAGCGGCUGAGCGUGCGGUACGAAGCAGAUGAAGAGGCGAGAAAGGCUAGCGGCUUCAACCAGUCUACCUUCAAGACGGUCUUCGACCGGAUCGAGAGGGAAUCCACCGAUGGCAAGCGAGUUUUCAUCAAGGACAUCAUCCACUAUCUCGUUCCUCCAGACGGAAAACCAGCAAGUAUCGCUCCGUCAUUGCUGAAGGUGAAGCGUGGAAUUGGCACCAAUGGUGAAACGAAUGGGCACCAGCCCAACGGCCACACCAACGGAGUCAAUGGAACUGCUCACGAUGUGGCCGUCAACGGGGACGCUUCUCAGAAAGCUCCCUACCCAUAUGGGACUGAAGCCGAGCCUGGAAAUCCCACCGUAGUGCCGACAGAGCUUCUCUCCCAGUUCCACUUUACGUUCCUCAUCCGCGAUCCACACUACAGCAUCCCGUCGUACUACCGUUGCACCAUUCCUCCGCUGGACGAGGUCACCGGGUUCUACGACUUUUACCCGUCUGAGGCUGGAUAUGAUGAGGUCCGUCGUGUUUUCGACUAUCUUCGCCAGAUCAACCUAGUUGGGCCGCGUAUGGCGGCUGCUGGUGUAGCUGCCAAUGUGGUUUCCAACGGGGUAGCCAAUGGCACAAAUGGUCAUCACGGCAAGAAAGGCAACGCUGAGAUCUGCGUCGUAGAUGCAGACGACCUACUCGACAGUCCUGCCGCGAUGAUCGAGGCCUACUGCAAAAGCGUUGGCAUACCUUAUCAGCCCGAGAUGCUAACCUGGGAUACCGAGGAAGAUCACGCGUUUGCCCGGGCUGCAUUUGAAAAAUGGAAAGGAUUCCACAAUGACGCUAUUGAAUCCAAGGAGUUGAAGGCUCGCUGCCACACAAAGGCCUUCAAAUCCGAGGAAGAGUUCGACGCCGAAUGGCGCGCCAAAUACGGCGAAAAGGGCGCCAGAAUCAUUAGGGAGACUGUCGACCGGAACAUGGCUGACUACCAUUACAUGAAACAGUUUGCCUUGAAGGUUUAACAUGUAUCGCAUAGCCAGUCUACAAGAAUUAUGCAACGAGAAACGAUACGCUUACGGUCUCCCCAUGACCUUUAUUAUUUCGGGUUUUUAAUAUUGCAAGUUUAUGACUAUUACCAAAUUGAUAUUGCUUUUUUUCAUAUUUUAUCUGACGAUGAUAUCUUUGAUGUUUGCCGAAAUGAUUGGCUUUGUCUUUUCUUCCUCCUAUCUAUAAAUAAAGGGGAAGGAAUUCUUUGUUAUGGUGAUGUUGCCAUUCGUUUGAAUUGACUGACUACUAGCUGGCUGACUGGUUGACCUUUUGGUUGACUUGUAUUCGACGAACCCUGAUUGAUAUUGAUACUCAUGAAUUACCAAAUUGAUUGAAAAAAAUUGUUGAAAGU